UUGCUUCUGUGUCGGGCAAGCACCGUUCCAUCUUUCCAUGGCGAAAAAGAGAAAAUCUGUUGAGUCUCGUCUCGAUGAAGUCGAUCGCACCAUGUACUCCACCUUCUGCACCACCGCCAAUUCCCUCUCUCAUCUCUAUACCCAUGCCAUGAAUCAACAAAAACUCUCUUUUCAAGCCGGUGAACGCCACGCUCUCGAGAAAAUGUACCAGUGGAUUCUUAGACAACAACAAGAAGGAAUGAGAGUCACUACUAUUGAUAUAGUUUCUCAUUUGCAGAAUGAGCUUGAAUAUGGAGCAGAGGAGUCAUCAGUGUCCCCAAGGCAAUCAAUUCAACCGAACUCCCAGACCGCAAUUCAAACUAACUUUGGUGCAUCCAUACCCUCUAAUACAUUUGGAAGUGCUGUUGCAGGACAGGGAAUACGUACCGGACAAACUGAUCAAGUAAAGAACUCAGUAUUUGCAAAUGCACUUUCUAGCCCCAUUCGUCGCAGCCUUCAGUCGUAUCAUUUAGCACAGGGCAGCAGUCCAUCAAGUAAUCUCAUGUCAUCGGGGAAUGGAACCAGAAACAAUGAAAUGACAUAUCCUAGUGGCCAGAGCAGGGACACAAAUUCGUCCAAUUCCAGUGAUUGCAUGGACAUGCAUGCAGACAGUCCUGGUCAUGAUUUUUCAUACUGAUGUGAUCAUAUUUAGAGUGGUAAUAGGAAUGGGAAGGUCAUUUGUGAAAACUAUGUUCAUAAAUGUUUGGUGAUAAAUUAUAAGAUUAUUGUGGACAGUCAGUCUUCAAUGUGUUUGGGUACCAUUGUUUUCCUCGGUUUGAAGCUCGGAACAUCGGUAUACUUUGUUAUAAGUUAUGAAAAAACAUGCUGGCCAUUACUACUGAUUUUGCGAGGUUUAGGUCUUAAACUACUAAAAAUUUAUUUUAAUAUCAGUGUUUGUAUGUAUAAUAUGAUUGUAAUUUGCUUAAAAAAAUUUGAUUGUAAUGAUUUAAAAUUAUACAUGAAGGGGGUUUGGAGAUCAACAAUUGGGGUGGAGUUUAGCUGUUGGGCUUCUGCUAGGUCAGGUGUAUUGACUUUGAAUUUUUAGGAGACAUAUUUCUAUCUAUUUCUAGUAGUUACAAAAAAAUGCAAUUAUUUUAAGUGUCCUACUCCUA